GCCGCGCAUGCGCGAAAAACUCAAUCACCUGCCAGCACACCGAUCCGACCGCGCGGCACCACAUGUUGACGGUAAAAUGGCUCUGCCCGUGCCCUGCGUCGCUGUGAGAGGGUCCAAUGGUAUAAGUCUGGCGUACGGCCCGCCGUCCUACGAGUCAGUCAAAACAUUUCCCAAAGAUGACGGCAAGAACUGCAAGGCCAUGCUCUUUAGUCCGGACGGCCAGUACUUUGCGUGGUCCAACGCGUCUAAGGUUACUGUCGUGCUGUGCAAGACAUGGCAGAUCGUCACGGAAAUACAACGGCCUAAGGUCUGCGCUCUGAAAUUCUCCAGUUACAGCACUUACCUCGCGACUUGGGAGCCGUCCUUUGUAUCGAAAGAGGAGCCUCAUGGAUCGGAAAAUUUCAACAUAUGGAAGACCGAAACUGGUGAACUAGUCCAGCACAUUAUCCAGAAGAGGAUGGUAGAUUGGGAGCCACAAUGGUCGAGUGACGAGGCAUUCUAUGGAGUACUAAAAGGGGGAAAUGUACUAUUGUACGAAAGUAACAACCUGAAUAGAUAUGUACACAAAAUAUGCAAGGGCAACAUUGCAAAAUUUAGCGUAGCGCCUGGUAACGCUCCCUAUCAUAUCCUCUGCUACAUGCCAGGAAACUCUGGUCAACCUUCCUUCGGAAGAUUAUUUAAAUAUCCCAAGUUUGAGAUUGGAGAAGCGAUUGCUAGCAAAAGUUUUUUCCAAGCGGACAAAGUUGAUAUGUAUUGGAAUCAAUGUGGAACAAACGUCUUAUUAAUGACUAAUACAGAAGUUGAUAAAACUGGUGCAUCGUAUUAUGGAAAACAGACAUUGCAUCACCUCAAUACAAAAGGAGAGACUACUAUGGUUAUGCUCAGUAAAGAAGGUCCUAUACAUGCAGUAGAAUGGUCUCCCAGAAACACAGAGUUUUGUGUGACGUAUGGCUUUAUGCCAUCUAAAACAACAUUGUUUAAUUGUAAAUGCGAAGCUGUCUUCGAGUUCGGCAUGUUGUAUAGAAACAGUAUAUAUUACAAUCCACGUGGCAAUAUAUUGCUCUUGGCUGGAUUUGGCAAUCUUAGGAGCGGCAUUGAAUUAUGGGACGUUAUUAAUAGAAAACUUAUUGCCAAAACUGAUGCACCAGAUACUACACUGUUACAAUGGUCGCCAGAUGGUGAACAUUUCAUGACUGCAACUACAGCACCUAGAUUACGAAUUACUAAUGGAUUUAAAAUCUGGCAUUAUACCGGCUCACUAAUAUAUCAACGACCAUGGAAUAACCAAGAAGAACUUUGGGAAGUUACGUGGCAAAGUUUUCCCUCAAACAUUUUCCCACAGAAACCCAUUAGUUAUAAAGCAGUUGAGGGUAUUGUAACUAAUCUUAACCAGUCACAAGCACCAAAAGAAGCAUAUAGACCACCAUGUGCCAGAGGACAAAAUAUUACCUUUAAAUUGCAUGAUGACCUUGAAGCGCCUUCCAAGUCAACUGACUCCAAUCCAUCAAAAGCUGCAUUGAAAAUGAAGAAAAAUCGGGAAGCAAAAAAAGCUAAAAAAGAAUUGGAGUCUAAUAAUCCUACUGUCAAUGAACAUGUCACAAGUACAACAAGCAUAAAAAUGGAAUUGACUGAUGAUCCUGAAAAAAAUAAAAAAAUAAAGAAACUAACGAGCAAAUUAGAUCAAAUUUCUAAAUUGAAAGAGCAAUUAAAAGCGGGAAAACAAUUAGAAAUCAAUCAAUUAGACAAGAUUAAAAAGGAGGAUGAGUUGCUAAAAGAACUGGAAGAACUUACUUUAUGAUGGAUCAUUCAAGUGUCAAACAGAAUGAACUUGAUAAACAGAAAAAAAAACUGUGACAUAACUUUCUCGAAAUAAAGUGUUUGCAAGAGACAAGUGUGAAAAUCAAAUCGUUCAUCUCUGCAACUCGUAAAGAAAACGGCGAGAUCAUGCGAGAGAUUUUGGAUACGAUCAAGCUCGGAAUCUCUCUUGUCCAGGUAUCAGUGAAUACUGAAUCCAAGAAUUGUGUUCGUACGCAUAAAUAAGAUGUUAUAUUAAUUUUAAUCAACACAGAAUUCUGCUAAUAGUACUGUAUUCAGUAUUAUUAGGGGACUACUUAUGUACUUCCUGAUUUUGUUAUACUAAUAUAAAUUGAGGGAUAAUAGUGGAGAUAGCUGCAGUGUGCACUACCAAUCUUAACCAAAAAUCUUGAACCAUUGUGUACAUUCAAAUUAUUAUCAAAUUAAUGAAAUCUGCUUGUUGAUUAGCUGAAAGUUCGCUACUAAAAAAUAUUGAAAAUUUAUCAUAUCUUUUCUGGCAAAAGAUGUGAUAGUGCGUUGCCAACAGUACUACUGUUAUCACAAUUUGUUCUUUCUCUUUCAUCUCUUUCUGUGAAAAAUUAAUUCUAGGAUUUGUAUCGCAUAACAAAUAUGUUACAGUAGUUGAGUUUGCAUUUAAAUGCCUUGUUCUUCUUGCAUUAAUAAAAGCAUUACAUAACGUAGCCGUUUUUAAUCGAAACAUGUAAUGUUCAGAUAAAGACGUCGGCUACCAGAAACUUUUGUAUACUUAAAGUUUAUUUCAAUAUAUAUUUUCAUUUUUAUUAUAUACUGUAAAGCCAGUUCUUUUCUAUGCGCGAUAUGUUUACUCAAAUUGCAAUCUUUUUGCAUUAUAUCAAUAUUGGAAUACAAAUUUCUCCUGUAUUUUUCAACAUCUAUGGACAUAAGCACAAUUAGUGUAAUUGUACGUAUUAUUAAGUAUAAAUUAAGUAUAAGUAAACUGGGACAUUUUUUCCAAAAUGACGAAAUCUAUUUAGAAUGAACUAUACUUGGAGAAUACAAUAAGAACUGUGUAUCGAUAAGAAAACCCAUUACUAUAUAGACGGGAAUAGUAAUUACGAAUGUUAUUGUACAGUGACAUGAGAUUUAUGGAAAUAAAUUCUUAAAGAAAUUG